AGGGUUUCGCUGCCUUCUUCUGCCUCGCAGCACUCGCACAGCUACGCUGAGCGCGAACUCUUGGUCAAGACGUGAACGUACCGCGGCUUAAAGACCUGACAUUCCGCUGCGCACGCACCUGUAUAUUGUCUAGUGCGAUGGGCUCGCAACCAUUACACGUUGCGCUGCCACCCGAACUAUGGGACGACAUCAUCGACGAGCUGUCAUCCAAUUUUCCGACCCUCCGAGCCUGCGCAUUGACGCAGCGGGCAUGGGUACCAAGGACGCGGCGAUACCUAUUCAAAGCGGUCUCGCUGAAGGGCGUCGAUCGCUGUAGAGCAUUCCAAUACAUCAUCCAUUCAUCCUCAUCGACUGGCACUGGAGUGGCGCAAUGCGUCCGCGAUGUCACACUCACCGAAGUUCGCCUGCAUCUCGAUGUCCCUGAGGAUCCCGUGGCGUCCGAUGUACCACUCCUGGAAGAAGUACUCUCGGCAUUGCCCAAUGUGAAUUGCUUGCGGCUGGUUGGCGUGGAUGUCAAAUGUAGGCCCAAGAUGCAUACGGGCGACGCCUUGGACGACGAAUAUCCCGAUAAGCCGCCUCAAUCACUGUUCACCUUACCGCGGUUGCAGACGCUACACGUUAUGUCAACCACAUUGGAUUCGGCGUCUGACAUCUUACUCCUUCUCAUCGCUUUUCCGCAAGUGUCAUGUCUGCAUCUGCGGGAAUUGCGUCCUCCUCUACAGAGCCUACUACUCCAUGGGCCCGCGCGAUUACCGGCAAACAGAAAUGCCACCUCGGACUCUAAGAUCUGUAUCCGGGAGAUGUCGAUCGCCUCGUCGACGCACCCAGUGCCUUUGUGGGUGCUAAGUGUGCUCAGGCAACCGCCUUUCAAAUGCGCCUUCCAGAAAUUUGUGUGGGGCUGGUCAAGUGACCGGGCAGAGGAGACGUCGUUCCUAGGAAUGGUGGACGAAGCGAAGGACACCUUGGAGGAACUCACAGUGCACUGUGCAGCGAAUUCGGGCCUGCUCGAGACAAUGGAUCUAUCUCAGCACUCGCUCCUCAAGUUCUUGGGUGUCGUUCUAAUUCGCUCUCAAACCGUCGACUUGCCUACCUACAAGUUUCCACCGACGUUUCUGGUAUUUCUCUCUCGCACUCCCAACAGUCUGCGGGCUCUCCACGUGCCUAUCAUUCAGACACUGCUUUCAAAUGGCGCCCCUCAGUGGUCAUUCAUGGAUUGGCCGAGAUUUGAUGAGACUCUCGCGCUCCUGCACAAGCGAAACCCCCACUUGGUCGUCUCCAUAGUCCUGACUCUCGGUCUGGAGCGGGGGAAUAAACACUGGGCUCCACGGGUGGUCAAGUCGUUGGUGGUGCGGCCACUGUUGUCACGGCUGCAUUGCUCUCUACUUGCAGGGCUGCAUGUCCGUCUGGUGUUUGGUUUUGUGGCAUUGGUACCGAAAGAGCGACCUGGCUUUUCGGUAUUGGUCCCCAAAAAACCACCGAAGGUAUGUUACCUCUGGAAAUUGGAGGAGUUUAAAGAUGCAAACACAUUGGUGUGAUGCCAACAAGUACUGCAAGCUGCGGCCAGUAUCCGUCACGCUAUACUCCUGUCAACGGAGAAUUUGGAGAUCUUUCGGGUCGAGUUAGUCCACAAAUGUCGUGUACGAUGUCAUAGAUGCCAUGCGUACGAUCAAUGUUGGCCCACUAGAAGUCGAAUCCGCAAAAUGCAUGCGCCCCGCCUCUGUCAUGGAUAGUUGAGCAUGUAGAUAGAGAGGCUCUUUGGGAAACCACUGAAUUACGGACUUGUCAUCACAGAGAGCCUCGACGCUGCACAACUUGAACUUGCAAUUGUUACUAUGAUUCCUGACCAGUCUCGUUUCAUCGUGUCUGCACGUACGGAGCCCCUACUUUCAAUUCCCAUCC